AUGGAAGAAAAGGGAUCUCUCCAAGAUUGGGUCAUGGAAUGCAUAAGUUCAAUUCCAUACUCUAUUGGCAUUAAUGGAUGGCCUACGGAGCCAUUUGCAGCUAAAAGAGGAUUGAGGGGUGAUUUAAUAUCAGUUCAGAUGCUUUAUGACUGCUUCCAGGAGUUUCCUCAGGUAUCUGGUUUGAUAGCAGAUAAAGAGAAAAGCUCUAUCUACUUUGGAGGGGUGAGAGAUGAGACACAAAGGGCUAUAAUGGAGAUGAUUGGGUUCAGUAAAGUGGAGAUACCAUUUAGAUAUUUGGGUGUACCACUCAGAAGGGUUCAGUUGAUAAAAAAUGUUCUUUUCUCCAUUCAGAUUUACUGGUCGCAGAUUUUUGUUCUGCCUACUAAAGUGAUAAAGCUGAUCGAAGCUACAUGUAGAAGAUUUUCUUGGACCGGAGGGGUGGAAUUGACAAAGAGAACAUUACUUGCUUGGCAGAAAGUAUGUUAUCCUGCUAGUGCUGGUGGACUAAAUAUCCUAGAUAUAGCUAUAUGA